AUGGGAGAAUGGGAGGAGAAUCUUGGCUGUGACGGAGCCAACCUCAUCCACGUCUGUCUCCUGGGUCAAUCGAUCUUUCGAGUUCUCAUCUACAACAGCCGACAGCUGACUUUGGACGGCCGAGUCUCCUCAAUUCCAUUUUCUUUGUGGUCUUGGGAAAAACUUCUCGAAAAUUUCACGUUGUUAAAUGAAAGGAUGCCGUAUCGACUGUCACAAGGUGAAGGCUCACCAAACUUUUCACAACGGUUCCUUAAAGGAGAUACCACAGAAGAAAAGACAUUGGAUCUCAAAAGUUGCAAAAACAAACGUGGUGGAGAAGCGCGAAGAAGUGAGUUCACAAAUUCAGCAAGAAGUAGGCAAGAAAUAACGAAGCUUUCAAAAGGUAAGUGUAUGGAACAUUUUGCACCUGCAUAA